GCCGUCCCGCCUCCUCCCCGCGCUCCGCAGCGGCGGGCCGGGCCUGGAGGCGGCGCUGGGAGCGCUGAGGCGGUGCAGCGGCCUGGAGGGAGCGGCGGGGGUUUACCGCUCUCAGCCCCCUCUCUCCGCGGUGCCCUGGGGCGGGCGUUCACCUGCCUGAUCCCGCCCUCAGUGUAGUGCCUGGGCUGGGGCAGGCCUGGGUAUUUACCCCUGUGACCCCCCAUCUCUUCCUCACCGUGCCCCGAGGGGGGAGGGGCUGGGGCAGGCCUGGGUAUUUACCCCUGUGACCCCCCCAUCUCUUCCUCACCGUGCCCCGAGGGGGGAGGGGCUGGGGUAUUUACCCCUGUGACCCCCCCAUCUCUUCCUCACUGUGCCCUGAGGGGGGAGGGGCUGGGGUAUUUACCCCUGUGACCCCACAUCUUUUCCUCACCGUGCCCCGAGGGGGGAGGGGCUGGGGUAUUUACCCCGUGACCCCCCAUCUCUUCCUCACCGUGCCCCGAGGGGGGAGGGGCUGGGGUAUUUACCCCUGUGACCCCCCCAUCUCUUCCUCACUGUGCCCUGAGGGGGGAGGGGCUGGGGUAUUUACCCCUGUGACCCCACAUCUUUUCCUCACCGUGCCCCGAGGGGGGAGGGGCUGGGGUAUUUACCCCGUGACCCCCCAUCUCUUCCUCACCGUGCCCCGAGGGGGGAGGGGCUGGGGCAGGCCUGGGUAUUUACCCCUGUGACCCCCCCAUCUCUUCCUCACCGUGCCCCGAGGGGGGAGGGGCUGGGGUAUUUACCCCUGUGACCCCCCCAUCUCUUCCUCACUGUGCCCUGAGGGGGGAGGGGCUGGGGUAUUUACCCCUGUGACCCCCCAUCUCUUCCUCACCGUGCCCCGAGGGGGGAGGGGCUGGGGCAGGCCUGGGUAUUUACCCCUGUGACCCCCCCAUCUCUUCCUCACCGUGCCCUGAGGGGGGAGGGGCUGGGGUAUUUACCCCUGUGACCCCACAUCUUUUCCUCACCGUGCCCCGAGGGGGGAGGGGCUGGGGUAUUUACCCCGUGACCCCCCAUCUCUUCCUCACCGUGCCCCGAGGGGGGAGGGGGGGCUGGGGCAGGCCUGCGUAUUUACCCCUGUGACCCCCCCAUCUCUUCCUCACCGUGCCCUGAGGGGGGAGGGGCUGGGGUAUUUACCCCUGUGACCCCCCCCAUCUGUUCCUCAUUGUGCCCUGAGGGGGAAGGGGCUGGGGUAGGCCUGGGUAUUUACUCCUGUGACCCCCCCAUCUGUUCCUCACUGUGCCCCGAGGGGGAAAGGGCUGGGGUAUUUACCUCCGUGAUCCCAGCUCACUCCCCAUAGUCCCCUGAGGGUCUGGGGCAGGCCUGGGUAUUUAACCUGCUUCUCUGUCUUGUUAGCAUGCUGGAGGGUGGGGUGUUUUUUUUUUUUGGUAUUUUAUUUUUAUUCUCAUGGAAGUUGGGGUUUUCUAUAGCAUCCACAAUAGUAUCACCACUCCUGGGUCUCUUGUCAGUGCACCUUGGAUGAAGGGGCUCCCUAUACGUUUAUUUUUUAAGGCCAUUACUCCCUUUUAUUAUCACUCUUCAUUAAGGCCCAGAGCCCCCAUUGUCUCCCCAGGGCUGGACUCAAUUCAUGGGACUCUAAGCAACAGUAUUGUGAUGUCACCAGUCUACACAAUGAAUGACACUCUCUUAAGCAACUUAGACAAACUUCUGCUAGAGCUUGUUUUCCAGCUUGAACAAACUUCUUAUGCUAAGGAACAUGUGAAGCACCAGAUAAAUUUAUAUACUGCAAGUAUUGUGGAAAGAAAGAAUGAAAUCUGUAGAUUACAUGAGAAUAUAAACAGCAGUAAUGAUGCAAUUGUUUAUUUGCACAAGCAUAACAAGAGUAGUAAGGACAAUUGCAAUGUCUGGAAACCAACAUAUGUAGUUCUUAGCAAGCAUGAAGAAUAUUUGAAUAACCAACUCAAAAACUGCCAAGAAACUACAGAAAAUGACAAGAAAAUGUAUCAGGAUCACAUGAACCAGUAUAAAGAGAUUUUGAAACAACACAAAGCAAAAUAUUCAGAAAAUUCUCUAGCUCAGGAAUAUUAUAUGAAAAAAAAAGAGAUUGAAGAACUCCGGAAUAGAGUUCUGAAACAUUCUGAACAAUUUAAAUGGAAGGAAGCUACCCUUUUGGAUAUUUUAGAGCCUGCUCCUUUUAGGUCACUUUCUGAUUGGGCGUUACAGAUUGCUUAUCUGAGGCAAAAAACACAAGACGUCCUCAAGCAUGCUGCAGUUUUUACCCAGAAAUCUUCUGAACUAGAGAAAGAAGCAGAUGAAGUAGAAAUGAAAAUUAAUUAUUUCAAACAGCAGUUUGAAAGGAGUACAGAAGAUCAAAAUCAUUCUACAAUUAUUGAAGGAAAAAGUAAAAAAAAAUUAGAGAAAAGGAAGGCGUUUAAAGAAAGGAUGUUCGAAGAGCUUGGAAAUCUACAUUUAUUAAAUGGGAAACAUCAACAGUAUAAACCAUUACAUCUGCCUUGCAUUCCUCAGAAAUUAGUCCAAUCUGUACAGACUUUUAGCCUGUCUUCGCAAAGAACAGAAAAAGGUGAAGAAGAAAGAGACAAUUCCAUGGAUCAUUCAGGUAUUGCUAGUAUUUCCUUGAGCCAAGUGGACAGUGAAACACAGGAAACAAAGAUGCUGAAUGUGCAGAUAAAGGAGCAGCAAGUAAGUCAAAGGAUUCUGCAUAUAUAUCUCAAGAGUCAUAAUUUAGGUUGUGCAGGACCAGCACCAAAAUCACCUGCUUUUUCUUUUCUUAUGCCCUGUACCCAGAAGUCACCUGGCUUUAAUUUAUUUGACUCAUCUGUAUUCGGAGCAGAAAAUUCAUUAGACCAGACCGAUGAAAGUUAUUCUGCAGGAAACUUAAACCCUAUUUCCCCACACAAAGAUAUUGAGGAGAGACAAGUCACCGGUGACCACCCAGCCCCUGAUCCCAUCAAGGGGCAAGCCAGCAAUGAUGGUGUGCCGAUCCUCAUCUCCAACGCAUUUCUCCCCGGCACAGUCUGCCCACGUGGGGGAGCUGCACUGGUCCCCCAGUUCUCGGCACCACUCGCCGGCACCACGGAGUACCGCUCCUCCGUGGUCGUCCUUCUUGGAGACCUCGGAGUCGGAAUCCUACCACUUCAAUAGGACCAGGAACAGAAGGUCCAGGUCCCAGCAUGACAGCCUGCCCUAUCCAGCGCCGUGACUGAGAGCAGUGCGCCUGGCAUGCCAGACUUUCAGAGCCCAGCUAGCAGGGAGCUGUCUCUCAGUCAUGACAGACAACAUCACGGCAAUGUUUUAGAUAAACAAACUGUGAGAUGCACGCUCCUUUCCCUUGUGCCAGGAAGCCUUCAUUCUGUGGGACUUCUGUGUGGAGCACUCGAUACACCUGCAAGCAUCGUACCUCCCUGGAGUACAGAAUGAGUUGGCAAACCAUCUCAGCAGGUUAUUCCAUGGCCAUGAGUGGUUCCUUGACCCAGACAUAGUGGACUCAAUCUUCCAUCAGUGGGGCUUUUCAUUUUGUGACCACUUUGUAAGAAAAUAACUUUUUUAUGGACAACCUCCCUUCUCAACACCCAAUCCCUCUACAGCUUGUCUCAAAAUAUUUCAUUCUGUGGACCAUCAGGAAGGGCUCUAUAGAACACCUUGAAAGGCUCUAAUCCAUUAGAUGCAACUGUCUUUCUAGACUUCAUUGAACGCAGUGUCUUGGUAAUGGGAGCUCCAUUUCUAAUGCAUGAAUAAACAUGCCAUUGUAUGCUGAUAUGCAACAGGAUGUUAAAGUACUGUACAUUAUUUCAGAAAUACAGCGUAUUGUUGCAAUUGUCUUAAAAUAAGAUUUAAUCUAAUUUGACAGAUUAA